UUUCUAAGAGAAAAGAAAAUAAUCAACCUAAUUGAGCAGGGGGACAGGCCACACAGAGUGAGAAGAGAGAUAAGAAGAAAACCCAAAAAUUUUUAAAAAGCAAAAUUUCUCUCUCAUUUUUUCCAGUACUCCAUCAUUGUCCUCAGAGCUCUUCUUCUCUUCUCUUCUAUACUCUCUCUCUCUCUCUUUAUUCAGUUCCUGCUUUGAAUAAUUUCCCUCUCUCAUGGAACUCUUGCCCUCACCCGUGACUCCACCUCCCUUCUAAAUACCAAAAACAACAAAACAAAUUCAUACCUUCCCUUCUAUAUCUCCUCCAUUUCAUGUAUGAGCUUCUCUUCCUCUAGUUCUUCACGGCAACGGCGACGGUGACUGCCAUGCGAUCCCCUCAGUCACUCCGUAACGGCGGCGCUGGCGGUGGUGGCGGUACACCAUCUCCUCACGCUCGUAUCCCUACUCCUCACCAUCACUUUCACUCCACCGUCUCUGUUCAGAAACUCAAACGCUUCAACUCACUCAUCCUCGUCUUCCGUUUAUCUACCUUCUGUUUCUCCCUCGCCUCUGCGGUUUUCAUGAUUACUAACUCUCGUGGCUCUGGAUCCGAUUCCCCUCGCUGGUACGAUUUCGACGCCUUCAGGUAUGUUUUCGCAGCGAACGCCAUAGUUGCAGUGUAUUCACUGUUCGAAAUGAUCGCUUCCGUUUGGGAAAUCUCAAGAGAAGUCACUCUAUUCCCUGAGAUUUUACAAGUUUGGUUCGAUUUCGGCCAUGACCAGGCGUUCGCGUACCUUCUUCUCUCUGCAGACUCGGCAGGGACGGCUCUGGCGAUAACUCUGAAGGGAACCGACACGUGUAAGGUAACGAGUGCCUUUUGUGUUCAAUCCACGAUCUCUAUUGCACUGGGAUUUGCCGGUUUCCUGUUUCUCGGGUUAUCCUCCUUGCUUUCGGGUUUUCGGGUCGUUUGUUUCGUAAUCAACGGCUCUCGUUUUCAUUUCUAAAACACCCUAUAGCGGCGUCAUGUCGUUUUGAUUUCGCUAAUUAUAUACCUAAUGGUCCUUUCAUCUUUUUAUUUUCUUUCUAUUUGGUCCUUAAUUUAUAUAUUCUCAAAAUUCUCGAUUAAAUCCUAAACUUUUAAACUACAAGUUUAGUACAUAGAUUUUAGAGUUUGUUGAAAAUUCACGAUAAAACUUUCAGACAUGUUUAAUAGGUUUUGAAGUUUUGAUUUGGUGUCUAUGAUUCUUGAUAUAUUUAAAUUUUUUUUAAAAUGUAUUAAUUGAGUCGAUACAAAUUUAAAUUUUGUCUAAUUAAAUCCUAAAUUUUUAAUUUUGUAUUGGGUAGAUUGUUUUUUUUUAGAAAAAAGAUGUUAAAGGAUCUAUUAGGAACAAAAUUGGAUAUUAAGGACUAUUAGAUAGAUCUAGGACACAAAUUGAAAAUUUAGGACGUAUUAGAUAUUUUUUAAAAGUUUAAUGGCUAAUUAGACAUAAACUCUAAAGUUUAGGGACUAAACUUAUAAGUUAGCCUUUGUUAUUGAUAAAACCAUAAUAAAAAAUGAUCAAAUUUUCAAAAGAUUAAGGAUCGAAUUGAAAAAAUUACAUAAAAAGAUUUUGGACCAUUUGGUAUGUUUAGCCACUGGAAUAUUUGUUCUUCACUGUUUAUUCCGCUUCGUUGGUUCUUUCUCUUUAUUUGUAGGGUGUACUAUUGUGUUGUUCUCUACGACGACGACAUGUCAACAUUUGGGUAAUUCUUUUGUGCAUAGUCAGCCAUAGACUCAUAGUAUUAGUAGCUUCUCUAAGUACGAUUUUUUUUUUCAGGUUUAUGAUAGAGAAUAAUAAAGUUUAUUUAUUUAUUGAAGUGUUUUAUUAUUAUGGUGACUUGAAUUGAUGUAGUUAUUAUGAUGGUUAAAAGUAUACUAAUCUCUUUAGAUUUUCUUUACCGAUC